AAUGAAUCUCUUUUCAAUAAUCUUGUAUCGUGUGGGAGGUAUCUAACAUUUUCCAUCGCCUCGCAUUGUUCAACAUCCGUUGGUCGUAAUACAUACUUGAUCUACGAAAGCUUUCUCCGAGAAAUCCACAUAAAAAACGGCGUGGACAACUGUAUGGGACAGGGCUGGAGCAAUGGAGGAUCCAGUCCGUGCCUUGGAGUUUCCAGCUCAACGAGCGUUGAUGGCUUCAGAUGAAUCUCGUCCGUGCUCUCCAAGCGGAGACGAAUAUCCACUAGUCCCAUCUUCGUUCGCUACAGCUCAGAUUCCACCGGACCUAUUGGAUCGUGACGAGGUUGAUUCGCUACAGGGAGACGAGUUAGGCAGCGUUCGUGGUUAUGGAUACCAUUCUUCGGCGUCUUCAAUGGGGCAUUCGAGUGAUGUCUCAGCACGGGAUUUGGAGGAUGAGAAACUGCUGCGAGGCCCCUCACCGUCAUCGAGUCAUUCGUCUGUGUCUUCGAUUCCUCCCUCUGCGCUUGUUCAUUCGUCUAAUGCGUUGAAAUCGCCAAGGACUGCUGGAACGCGUCAACAUACCUACCGCCGCAGCGGUACGUUUCGGAGACAGAAUUCGGUGCCCUCCAUACAGAUACAUAGCGACGAUGAGUCCGAUGAAUACGAGACAUCGUGGCGCGGGGGAGGCCAACGCCGUUCUGAAUUCUCCAUGCGUUCUCCGGCUUCCCCGUCGAUGAAGCGGUUGCCGUACUACUCACCCAGGGGAUCAGCCAGCAAACAGAGCAUCAAAAGGGAAUAUCCGCUAGUCCUCCUGCAUUGCAAUCUACUUCCACCUUCGCUUCCGGUCAUCGGCUACACCGGGGUUCCCAACCAGAAGAUCCUAAAGGAAGUCCUACCCACAAAGUACUACCGACGGUGGAAACUCCUAGAAGAAAAAGUCGGCUCAGGAGUCCUCCGUGACCGGGGCGUCCUCAUCUCCCAUCCAGAAGACACCUACGACCUUCUCGAGGAGCGACUACUCGAAAGCCUAGAACUCCAACAACCACGUCUCCACCACGGCCACUUCUUAAGACAACAAGAGUACGAUUCAGACAGAGACGAUGGCGCAACGGAUGACGAGCAAGGCGAAGUAUGCACGGACUGUGGUGGACGAGUCGUCACUUGCAACGAUCAGAACCGUAAAUGGGAAAUCAAGGUGUUUGCGGCAAAUGGGUUGAUGAGAGCUGGGGCGUGGGCUGCGGCGUGGAAGGAGAUGGAGAAGGUGGACGUGGAGGUUGGGUUGUGGCUUCCGGGGGAUGUGAGGAGGGAGCUUGAGAGGAGGUUGUUGGAGGAUGAGGUGGAGUGCAAAUUGCCCUCACAGUUGUAUAAACAGCACAGCGAGAUGAGCUGGGGGUCGCGUCCUCCGUCGGUACAAGAAGAGGCGCGCAGCCCAUUGACGGAGCGCAGUUCUACUGCUAAUGAUUCUUCCCUUUAUCUUGCCUCACCACCAGCAUCGCAAGAACAAGAGCAGGUCUCCUCGAAUUUGCACAACAGAAAGUCGGCCGCAGGCAUCGAUCUUCGAACAUUGCUCAUCAAUUACAUCCGCGUGCUGGCUAGUGACAGACGCAAUAUAGCAAUUGGAAUCCUCAGUAUCUUUGUUGUAUUCUUGGCCAUCGCCGGUGCCCGGGUUCCAGCUUCAACUUCCUCUUCGGAACUCCAAGUGCUUCCACAGGAGACGGUCGCUUCAGUUCCAACAUCCGUCGUGAGCAUGGAGCAGCAUCGGGCUGCGAGUGCAGACACAUCGAGCGUCUUGAGGCCUAUCCCAACUUCCGUUGCCGACGAGUGGCAGGUCCCUCCAACCGAGGAAAAGGGAACUGCAAGCUCCCAGGCUUCAUACUCCGAGAUGCCCACCACCUCUAGUGAGCUUGUUCCCGCUUCCAUGCCCACCGAAGCUGAAUGGCAGGAUCAUGUGGUUGUGGACGAUACAAGUGCACAGAGUUUGGAAGCCAUCGAACAGCCUGACACUGAGCCACAAGAAGCUUCAGUCAGCGUUGAUCAGCCUGAAGAGCUUAUGGUCGAGUCGAUGGAAGAAAAUCCCGAGGAAGCGAGUGACCUGACUCAGAGCACGAACGGCGAAUUCUUGGGAAAGGAGGUGGAUGUUCAGAUUGAAUCUCUGAGGCUUACAGGAUCCGGUGAAUCCGGGGGUAACACGGCCGAAAAUAUGGAUUCCUUGAAUAAUAUGGCAAUUUGAGCCUCACGACGAUAUGAGAAUGGCAUUGUUUCUUUGGUUAUGGUUUGGGAGAUCUAAUAUUGCUUUUUCUUUUUUCUUCUAUGGCAAUGUUAGCGUUACUGUGAUAUGACUAGUUAUGGCCAUUUGGAAUGAUAUUUAUGAAGACAUCA